UUACGCUACGCUAAAUUGUGCAAAAUUGUAUUAGUGUGGAGUCAAACCUUUUUAUUCUUGAACUGUUUAACUAGUCACAUACGUGUGCAUAUACAUAUAUAUAUAUCGGAGAGUGGACAUGCCUAUUUUCCAUAAUAGCGAAUUACACCGGCAACUGAGUCUGAUGUCUGAACUCUGCCCUUUUGCGCAAUUAGACUUGGAAUAAAAGCUUAACACGAAUCUCAGACAUUAAUUCGGUGUUCAUAAUACUGGAUAAAGCGCGCAAUUGAAAAUUCAAAACUUCGUAACGGCUGUUUGGGCGAUCUAGCGCCAAAACCCAAACCGGUUACUUUAAAUUGGUCAGCUUAAAAAUUCGAGUUGGAAGUGAGAAAGUGAAAACUCAUUGAUUUUCAUUGAAUUUCUGCCACGCUAACACACAAUGCAGGAAGCGUACGUGAAUAUCAAUAACAUACCCACACACAUCAUAACGUGGGGUAAGUGGAUUGAGGAGUCUUUAAAUGACGUUAAGGAGGUAGUUGUUUGCAUAACGGGCAAUCCGGGACUGCCAGGGUUCUACACAGAAUUCGGUGGUGCGCUGCAGCAAGAGUUGGGCCUAGAUGGUCACAAUUUGCCAGUCUGGGUGAUAGGUCACGCUGGACAUGAUGAUCCUCCAGAGGCGAGCAUUCGGGAGGUACCGCAGCUCAGUGGCAAUGCUGAGCUAUUUAAUCUCAAAGGACAAAUUGAUCACAAGAUAGACUUUAUAAAGAGGUAUGUGCCUCGACAUGUGAAAAUACAUCUGAUUGGGCAUUCGAUUGGAGCCUGGAUGAUACUGCAGCUGCUCAAAGAACCGGAGAUACGGAAUCGCAUCAAGAAGUCCUAUUUGUUGUUCCCCACCGUAGAACGUAUGAUGGAAUCGCCCAAUGGCUGGGUAUUCACCAAAGUGGCUAUGCCCCUUUAUUCUGUGUUUGGCUACGUCUUUUUUAACUCGUUCAAUUGGCUGCCCGCUUGGAUACGCAUCUUUUUGAUACAAAUCUACUUUUGGAUAUUUGCCAUACCCAAUCAUUUCGUUGGAACGGCUCUGAAGUACACCAAGCCUUCAGUGGCGGAGAAAGUGGUGUUUCUGGCCGAUGACGAAAUGGCUCGUGUUAGUGUUUUGCAACGUGACAUAAUCGAAGAGAAUUUGCAUCUGCUAAAAUUCUACUACGGCACCACCGACGGCUGGGUUCCGGUCAAAUACUACAAUCAACUCAAGUUGGUUUUCCCUCAAGUGGACGCACAGCUGGACAACAUGAAUAUCGCCCAUGCAUUCGUUCUACGUCAUUCCAAGCCCAUGGCUAACAUUGUCAGUAAUAUGAUAAAACAGCAUCUGCAAUAGGGCUAACUUCUAGGGGGCCUUCUAGCCAAUUGUUGCCUAAUCUUAAUAUUAUAUGCGAAUAUUUGCAAACUCUCUUUCUUUACGUAGUGAUUUUAGAGUCCUUAUGGUAAUAGGUACAAUUUUAUAUGUAUAUCAAAGUCUAUGACACAAUAAAGACAAGGUUUUGUACGAGUA